AUGGGGGGAGGUCUGGGGAUGGGAAUGGGGGGAGGUCUGGGGAUGGGAAUGGGGGGAGGUCUGGGGAUGGGAAUGGGGGGAGGAGGAGGUGGAGGCGGUCUUGGGAUGGGAAUGGGUGGACGUGCCCUGGCUCUAGGAGCCGGCGGUGGAGGGGUCAGUGCAGCAGGGUUCAGGGCUGGCGUGGCCCCACUCAGGGCUCGCUUGGGCGGCCGGGUCUUCAAGAUCGGAGGCUAUGGCUUCAACCCGUCUUUCCUGAGCUCCACCACUGCAGUGGGUGGUGACGUGGGUGUCAGCCCUGUGCCAAGCAUCGACCCCUCGCUACCCUCGCUCGACACAGUCCAGGUGACCCGCCUAAAGGAGAAGGAGGAGCUGCAGGUCCUCAAUGACAAGUUUGCCACCUUCAUUGACAAGGCUCGCUCUCUGGAGCAGACCAACGCUGUGCUGAGGGCCAAGAUCGCCAUGUUCACCAACCCGGACCAGAGCGGCCCUGCCAACACCUCCAUCCUGCUCACCUCUGCCAUCGGUACCUACAAGAUCCAGAUUGAUGGCCUGUCCGCCACCAAGGAGGCCAUCGUUGCUGAGAUUGAGCACUACAAGAGCAUCAUCGAAGAUGUCCAGAGCAGGUUUGAGGAGGAGACAGUCCAAACCAAGUCAUUAGAGAUGGACUGGACCACAUUAAAAGAGGAGGUAGACAAUCUCUACAUGAGCAUUUUUGAGCUUCAAACCAACAUUGGCGGACUGGAAGAUCAGAUUGGUCUCUCAAAGCAGGUGUAUGAUGCUAAAGUGAAGGAGGUGAGGAACAUCGUGACGGGCAGUGUGAGGUCAGCCUUCUCCAUCUCGGUGGACAACGCGGCCCAAGCCCAGGACCUGACCUCUGCUCUGUCGGACGUCAAGUCCCACUAUGAAGCCCUGGCCCAGCGCAGCAAGCAGGACGCCCUUCUUUCUGUGCAGGACAGUCUCUCCAUGAUGUCCAUGACGUCCCAGCCCAGUACCCAGACUCUGACCCAAACCAAAGAGGAGCUGCGCAUGUACAAACUGCAGAUCGACUCAGUACAGAGGGAGAUCGACAGACUCAAGACCCUGAACAUCCAGAUGGAAUCUCAGGUGGAUGAGGCAGAGUCCCACUCCAGCUCCCACACAGAGACCUAUCAGGAGCAGGUUCUGACCCUCAAGUUGCAGCUGGAUGACAUCAGAAAGCAAAUAACACACUAUGGUCAAGAGUACCAGGAACUCCUGGCCAGUAAAAUGUCUCUAGAUGUUGAGAUCACUGCAUACAAGAAGCUUCUGGACAGUGAGGAGAACAGACUGAAGUCAGGAGGAGGCGUGACCGUGCACAUGUCUAAGACUGCCAUUGGAGGAGGGGGAGGUGGAGCUGGGCUGGCCCUGGCCCUGGGAGGAGGUGGAGGGGGAGGCGGCGGCGGCGGCGGGGCUGGCAUGGCCCUGGGAGGAGGAGGCGGCGGUGGCUACAGAAUGGGCAUGGGCGGAGGCGGCUUUGGAGGGGGUCUGGGCAGUGGCUUUGGAGGUUUUGGAGGAGGUCUGGGGUUAGGAGGAGGUGGAGGGUCCUUCGGAGGUGGAGGGUCCUUCGGAGGUGGAGGGUCCUUCGGAGGUGGAGGGUCCUUUGGAGGCGGGAGCAGCUACAUGUCCUCCAGCCUGAGCAGCAGUGGACUCUCUUCAACAGUGUACUGAGGACAAACAGGACAAACCAGAGAAUCUCCAGCGGUUUGAGAUGGAACCAGGCUGAGAUGAAACCCUGUUUUGGCAGAAUUACRAAGAAAAAUCAACACAGUCUCAGAUUCUGUUGUGUGACUUGCCAUACUCAAUGUAACAUGUUUUAUAUCAAUAAAAGCAGUGUUAUUUCA